AUGUUUGUUUCGAAUCCAUCAGCUUCUUUCAAUUUAACAAGCAUUGAAAAGAAGUUAGCAGCAAUCGAAACAACAUCAUCAACUUCGUCGUACACAGUAAAACCUACAAAUCGAGUAGCUAAAGUUAACAAUGAAACAGAAUUAGAUGCACACUUGAAAAGUGAAAGAGCAAGUUUUAAUGAUGAACUAUUUGAAUAUUUAACCCAACAAUCGUUAACUCAAGCUGACACUGAUUACUGGGAAGAAAUCUUUGAUGAUAGUUUGAAAAGACGACGAAAUUUAAUUAACUGUCUAUUAGCCGAUGAUCUUCGUCCUCGUUCAAUUUCUUCGUACGAUACAGCAUCAUCGACAAAAACUGUACAAAUAUUAAAUGAUUCCACAACAUCUCCACCUCCAUCUGACUUCAAAUCGGGUUGGAUAUCUCAAUCAAAUCAAUCAUCUGUAUUUACUGAUCUAACAUCCGUCGAACAGCAAUAUGCUCAAACACUGAUUAGAUACAAUUCAACUAGAACAUCAGACGGUACAGGUGACGCUGAUCAAUUGAUUGUACAAUAUAAACAAGUUGCCAAGAAUUGUGAAACACAAGGAGUAGCUGAUAUGUGGCACGCAGCUGAAUGGAUGUCUGAAGUCCUUGAUUAUGAUUAUGACAAAAAAGAUCUAUUUCAAGCACAACGCGCUAUCGUUCUCUGUGCACGUGACUAUCUUGAACGAAGUUUUCGUCAAGCAUUGGAAAUUACCUACAAUGAUAUUGAUCUAUAUGGGUGUUUAUUAUCAUUUAUAACAUCGAACGAGAAGAUUUCUGGUUUGCAAUCUGUUGAUGAUCGUCUUGUCGACGGCGUUUCAGCAUGGCCAUUGAUUUUCUAUGCAUUGAGAGCAGGUGAUAAUGAUUUGGCUCUACGAAUCAUUCAGAAAGCCAAUUUACCUCAUGUUCGAACUUUACUUGAAAACUAUCUAUCAAAAGAUCAAACGGCGGUCACAAAUAUCUCGAUGUCAUCAAAUAAAACUUCAAAUAUUCAAAAUAUUGAAUACAGUCUUGUAGGAAAUCCUUAUAAACGUGCCGUGAUUUGUAUACUGGAUCGAACGAAUUUAGUCGAUGCCCAUGAGGAUGUUUUAUUAUGUAUUGAAGAUUUUCUCUGGAUAAAACUAGCACAGAUUCAGAUCAUCAACGAAACCGCUUUUCAGGAUCGCACUCAUGUUCAAUUAACUAUUCCGCGACUUCAACGUUGGAUUCUACGUGAUCUUGGUGAAGAAUAUUUCAAAGCAUAUGAACAACCAUUCCGUUAUGCACGCGUUCUACUUCUCUGCGGUGCAUUCGAAUCUACUUGUGAAUUCUUAUUUAAACUUCCUUCGACCAAAGUUCAUUCAGUUCACUUAGCAAUUUACUUCAACGAGAAAUACCUACUUGGUUUAACAUCAUCGGUCGAUGAAUGCAUGAUUAUGAUCGCAGGCAGUUCUCAACAGAAUAAAACGAGCACCGUACUGAAUCUACCUAAACUGAUUGAAUCGUAUUUGAGAGAGAAAUUAAUCCAUGACCAACGGCGAUAUUGGGAGUUGAUUAAUUAUGCGUAUGCGUUGAUUAAGAUCGAACACUUAGAAGCCGGAACGGAAUUCCGUCGAUUAUUAAUUGAUUUAACCACAAAUUUAGAUGAUUUGCAUAUUGUAUAUGGAAAAUGGGCUAUAGUUACGAAUGGCGAUGAUGGAGAUGAGAAUAAAACUGUGAAACUUGAACGAGGUACGAUCACAUUGAAAAAGUUUUCAUGUAAAAAAAUUGAUACACACUCUAUUUCGUUCAUAACAGGUCUUUUACAUCGAUUAUUCUCGCACCUUGAUGACUCGGAUAUAGACGAUAUUUUAAUGCAACUUGCGGAAUCAAUUGAAGAACAUCACCGAUCACAUUUACUUGUUGCAUCUGCACUCUAUGAACUUGCUCAUGAAUACGAACCCUCAAUUCGACUUGCUUCAGAAUAUAUGACACAAAUUAUUCUCGAUCGUCUAUUAAUGCCUUCAUCAACAUCAACACCAUUGCCAUUUGUCUAUGAAUUAGCUCAACGACUGCAAAUUCUAUCAAAUACUGAAAUCGUUGAAGAAAAACACCACUAUUUUCUGCUAUUAGAUACGUAUGCUUUCGUUGAUUAUUAUCUGCGAACUGGACAACAGCAACGAGCUUUUAUUGUUCUAAAACAAUUGAAACUAUUUCCGUACGGAAAAGAUUACGACGAAGAUGAACAAGUUCGACAAUUAUUAACAUCAAAUAAAUGGUUGCAACACUUAUUUCCCCAUCUUUGUAUCGCUGCACUUCGAACGCAUCUAGCAGUUAUUCAACAAGAAUCACAUUCAUCGUUAAGCGAAGAGGAAAGAAAUCAAUAUGAAUUUUAUCGUCGAACAGCUUCAAUGGAUUUGACUCAUCUAGCAGAAUUUGCCCAUAUGCAAUCACAAUUAUUUACACGGACACAACUACGUUCCAUCGAUCGGCUCUGUGAACAAGCGAAUCAAUACUACGAUGAAGAAAUGUCAUUUCAUUAG